AUGGAAUCAGUCAUCACCCAAAUCCGGUCUCUAGCUGGAGACGCCGAUGGGGCAGGCCGGGCUCAGAUCCGGCAUGCUCUCCGUCAACUCCUGGUAGAAUUGGAGACGCCCAAAGACUUGCUCAUGGGCAUUUUUAACGGUCACUUGCAGAUUGCAGCCGUUCGUCUCGGUAUCGAAUCGGGUUUAUUCCGGCUCCUCUCUCAAAGCGAGAUGCCUUUCGAGGUGGCCCAGGUGGCCCAGGAAUCUAGUGCCAGUCCUCAUUUAUUCGAAUGUGUGCUUCGUUACCUCGCGUCAAAUGGACUCAUCCUGGAAGCAGACCAUGGGAAGUUCAAAGCAAAUAGAGCGACUCAUACUCUGGCAAGCCAGAUGGCCGAAGCCUUCGUUUACCAUGCCUUCGACAAUUGUGGUCCAGCCAUUCAGGAAUUCCCCAGCUUCUUCGCAGAGACACACUAUCAGGAGAUCACCAGCAACACCAACACGCCUUUCCAAAAGGCCUUCCAUACCGGCCUUACGUGCUUUGCGUGGCUUGCUCAACACCCGGGGCGGUUUGAUGCCCUGCAGCACGUCAUGACUGCACUCGAAUCAACCGACUGGACAGUUGGAUUCGACCGAUUCGAAAAAGAAGCUUGCGCUAUAAUUCAGCUCCCACAGGCAUCACGCAGACCAUUCCUUGUCGACGUGGGAGGUGGUCACGGCCACCAAUGCGUCCAACUCAUAAAGAAAUACCCAAAUCUCAGUGGAUGGCUCGUCCUCCAAGACCUACCGCAAGCAGUAGAUCAGCUCUCCCAAAUCGACGGAGUAGAAACCAUGGCAUAUGACAUCUUCCAGACACAGGUGGUCAAAGGCAAGUCCUGCAUUCAUGCUCAGCAUAACUGGCCUACUAUCCUACCGUCCUCAACUAACAUGAACCUCAACCCUCAAGGCGCCAAGUUCUACUACCUUCGUAGAAUCCUUCACGACUACCCCGACUCCCAAGGUAUCCAAAUCCUCAAGAAUCUACGUGCUGCAAUGGCCCAUGAUUCGCAGAUCCUCAUUGAUGAGAUGGUCCUGCCGGAGACCAACGUACCCUGGCAGGCGACACUGGCCGAUCUCUCACUGAUGGUCUCGAUGGGCGGGAAGGAGCGCUCAAAGGAGCAGUGGGAAACGCUAGCUGAACAGUCAGGCCUACAUGUGGCAGAGAUUCACACCUAUGACAACUCAGAUAACUUCUCGGUUAUCGUGAUGAUGCCGAGAUACUAG